CGUGACGAAGCCCCCAGCUCGGCCUCCCGCCCGCCGGUCUACGCUCCGCCCCGAGCGGGUCGCGACGCCGCCGGUCGCCUCAGCAACCCGCGCUCCGCCCGCGCCGAAGCCCCCAUUGGCGGGGGGUGGGGCGCGGGGCUCCGCCCCUCGGGCAGCCUCGCUCCGCCCAUUGGCCCGGCGCCGCGUGGACGCGCGGGGCGGCGCGGGCUCCCCCUGGCGGCGGCAGGAAGGGGCGGGCGCGGCGAGCCCGAGAUGGUGGGUGCUGGGGCGCGCGGGGCGCCGCUGCCGCCCCCCCUGCUGCUGCUGCUGCUACCGCCGCUGCUGCUGCCGCUGCUGCUGCUGCCGCGGGGCGCGGCGGGCGGCCUCGCCGACAGCGUCGUUUGGGCCGUCAAUGCGGGCGGCGACGCGCACGUGGACGUGAACGGCAUCCACUUCCGCAAGGACCCGCUGGAGGGCCGCGUGGGCCGAGCUUCUGACUAUGGUAUGAAGCUGCCAAUCUUGCGGUCCAACGCAGAAGAUCAGAUUCUGUACCAGACUGAGCGUUACAAUGAGGAAACCUUUGGGUAUGAAGUUCCCAUCAAAGAAGAGGGCGAUUAUGUGCUAGUGCUGAAGUUUGCAGAAGUCUAUUUUGCACAGUCUCAACAGAAGGUAUUUGAUGUUCGCUUGAACGGCCAUGUGGUGGUGAAGGACUUGGACAUUUUUGACAGAGUUGGACACAGCACAGCUCAUGAUGAGAUCAUUCCCAUGAGUAUCAAAAAGGGGAAACUGAGCGUCCAGGGAGAGGUUUCUACAUUCACCGGGAAGCUCCACAUUGAGUUUGUAAAGGGCUACUAUGACAAUCCAAAAAUCUGUGCCCUAUACAUCCUGCAAGGAACAGUGGAAGAUGUUCCAAAGCUGCAGCCGCACCCGGGUCUGGAGAAAAAAGAGGAAGAUGAUGAUGAAGAUGAAUAUGAUGACGGCUCCAGUGUUAAAAAACAGGCAAAUAAGAACCGGGUUCAGUCAGGCCCACGCACACCAAACCCCUAUGCCUCGGACAACAGCAGCCUCAUGUUUCCUAUAUUGGUGGCCUUUGGUGUCUUCAUUCCUACCCUCUUCUGCCUCUGCCGAUUGUGAGAGCAAGCCCCAAAGAGUGUCAGCGAAGGGGUUAGGAGGGAAGGAGUUGGACCGAACACAGUUGCUUUCAAUUUCUCCAUAUUGUUCAUAAUUUAAGGUUUAAAAAAAAAAAAAAAAAAAAUUUGGGGAAAAAAAAAAAAUGAGUCAUUUGGAAUGAAUAGCAGGUCCAGGUAAGAGGGAGCUUCUUACCUUACCAUGUGCAGCAUCUAGUCCUCCCUGGGGCAUCCAAGAGCAAACGGAGUCCCGGCUGUCUGUGUAUUGGGCUGUUGGAAGCUGAUGCUAGCAGUCCUGGGCCACAUCCCACACUGAGAGAAAGCCAUGCGCUGCAAGAUUUCUGCCUUUGCUGGGUGGAAUAUGGUUCCUUAAGCAGGAAAGCAGCUCCUAAAACCAAGCCUGGGUACGUGUCCGGGAGUGUGGAAGUGUUGUGGUACCAUUGGGUCACUAACAAUUUUGGAGGAUGGAGCCUGGCUCAGCGUCUCCCUGAAUGUGUGCAGCACAAUGUAUGGUACUCGCCUGCAUAAAGAUACUAAGACUCCAGCUAGCCUCUUGGACUCUGUGGAGGCGUUCCCCUCUUAAGACUGCAAGCAGUGCCAGGAGCAGAGGGAUUUAUCUGGCCUGAUUUGCUGCAGCAGUUGGGAGAGACUUUCCUACUUUGGCAAUUGUGAUGUUAGAUCCAUUGUAGAAGGAUUCUGCUGUAGCCUAUGAAAGGCUGACAUUGUUAGCAUCUGAUCAGAUGCACUUGUUUUCCGUAUUAAUUGUGGCUUUUGUUUCCUUUAAUAUCCUUUUCUUUUCAAAGGUUUAAUUUUAAGCCUAGUCCCUUAUUUUGCCCUUUCUGCCAAGUGACUUCUCCUUUGGAAGAAGCUGAAAACCUAGAGAGAAGGUUCUGGACUUGUUCCUUGGCCUUCUUAACAGUUAGCUCCACUCCCUGCCCCAUGACUGUGAACAUCCUGUGUUGCAGGACAGAACACCUCGUGGAUGCUCCCUUUUAGCUCUCAUUCCCUGUCAUAGGAACCAGGCCUGCCUGCAACAGUGAGAAGCGCAGUGGAGUUGGUUAGUGUCUUCAGUUAGCUCGACCUUUUGUGUAUUGAGGCACUGUGGUGAAGGGGCAGAUGUCCAGCAUUUCAGUACUGUAGAGCAAGGUGGUUUGUUGCCCUCCAGAGAUCUGGAGUGAGCAGAACUCUUGAGAUAAAGUCACCUGCUUCCCCUGGGAAUAUUUCUGCAAGAGGCUUCUGCAAAGCCUGUGUCUGCCUGACAGAGGCUGAGCAAAGUGAAAGCCCUCGCUGCACUUUCAAAUCCAGAGCUGCAGGCCCUCAGAAGCUGCCUUUCCAUGGUCUUGGCCUCUGAUACGUUGAGCCCUUCUGGCUGCCAGGAGGGGGGUUGUUCUGCGUGCUGGAGCACCAGUGCUUUAAUCCUGGUGAGUUUUGGGCUCACAGAGCACUGUCAUGCUGUCACUGUUCUCAGAAGUGCUCUCUUUUUACCCAGAGCAGUUGCACAGAGCAAUGUCCACCUUGCUGUUGUUCCUUCUGAGGCCUGAGUUUUCAUAGCGGUUGUACUUUUGUUUGACCUUCUGUAGUGACUCAGCCUUUCUUUAAGCUGAAAACGGUCAGCAAAAUUCUGCAGUUUCUGGAAAGGAAGCUGAAGGAGCAGCCUUUCUGCUCUGCUGGGUUAAAGCACAUGAAGCCUUUGCUUCCUCCUAGCCCUCAAGCUGUGAUGUGAGCUGUCAGCUCAUGGGCCUCAGAGUGGGAGCUGGGGGGAGUUGUCAGAGCACUGCUCUGAGCAGCAGUGGAACUGAACCUUCCCAUUCCAAUCUCCUGUAUCACUGCUAUGGGCCUGAACCUAAUGCUGCAUCUAAGCUAAAAAGCAAGCAGUAGGACCUUAAUUGCCUUCUCUCCAGAUGCAUAAGUUUGGGAGAAGUAAGAGGGUCCCUGCCACACCAGAAGGAGAAGACAGGCUUUAGAGAGAGCAGAUCUUAAGAAUAAACCUUAGGAUGAAAGGCGGUAAGCUUGAAGCUGUCUGCUUCAUCUUCUAGCCACUGUUAAAAUCCUAGCAUGUAAAAAACCUCUAUAAAAGCUCUGGUUUGUUUGGUUGUGGUGCCUGCAGAGAUUCUCCAGUGUUUUGGGGAUUGCUCUAACUGGUGCACAGAGACAUUUUACGUCUUAGCAGUUUUAAGAAUCAUAAACUGCAUUAAUUUGUUAAGCAAAGAACCUGAGCUUGAAAGGAGGCUUCUCUGUAAGGAGCUGUUCUCCUCCAGGCCUUUUAGGUUGCGAUUUACUUGGACAUCCUUGAAGCAAGAACUAGCUCAGCUUCUUGUGGCUCACCUAGUGAUUCUCUGCACAUUGCCUAGCACGACAAAAGGGGUGCGUGUUUAGGUGCACAAAAGUCAGACAGGGAUAGUGUAUCCCUGCUUUUCCUGACAGCCAGGCCACCCAUUUGGUGCCAUCAACUGCCCUAAGGCAAAAGCUAUGCAGGUUGUGAUCUGUUGUGUUUCAGUUGCUUAGUGCAAAUGAAUUUAUCUUAUUUGAAUAUGAAUACGGAGGAGGAAUAGUUAAUCCUUCAUGGCUUCAGUUAAGUUGGGUUUUCUCACUACAAAGCUGAUGUCUGUGUGCCUGAGGGGCAUCCUGACCCUAUUAGGGUGCUAUGAGUGUUUUAGCUUGUUGGUCCAUUGCUUCCUGGCAGUUUGCCUCAGGAGCCAAACAAAGCAUGUGGGAACUUGGGAGGAUGAUAGGGGAUGACCAGCCAGCACCUUGCAGGGAAUGGCAUACUCAGGCUGGUUCUCCUGUCUGGCACCUGUAAGGCAGCUAGAUGGGUAUAAUGAGGUACCUGAUCCUGGCCAGGGAAAGAAAAAGAUAGGGUUCGCUGCAGCCGGCAUAGGUGUUGUGAAUACCUAAGACGUUGUUUAACUGAAACCGGUUAGAUACAAGCCUGUUUGUGCUUUGUUGCCUCCAGCCAGCUGCAGGCAGAUGAAGCACGUAUCCCUCUGCAGCAGUGUGGGGAGCUGAGUCAAAACAGACCCUGGCUUCAUUCAUGGAGCAGUAGUGUAGAGAGGUGCAGAUAAGGCAAUUUUAAUAAAGCUUUAAUUAAUUAAUUAAGUAAUAAAGGAGAGACUCACUAUCAAUCAUGUUUUGGACUGGGAUCCAGCAUCAGGGUGAUGGUUCCAAAGCCUAUUUUAAUUAGACGUUCAUCAGCUCCUCCUUUCAUACUUUUUAGUCAGGCCCUUUGUCUCUUCCCUGUGUGUGACUGAAACAGCUCUGAGCCUUGUGACUAUCCCAGGUGGCAGUGAGCAGAAAGCCAAAUGAAUUCCCUUCUCUUUUCGGUGCCUUUGCCUCAGGCUUUGAAUAAAAGUUUGUUGGAAGAAGCUUUUUUUUUUUUUUUUGGAGCUUCUGAGUUGUUUUUGUUUUUUCCCCAAGGGACAGGCAUUCUCUGCCCUUGUGAUCAGCUGAGGGACUGUCUCACUUCCCUGCAUGUCAGCUCCAGAGGUCACAGCUGAAGCAGAGAACUGCGAGCAAGUAUUUUUGGUUCCAGUCCUUGAAGUCAGUGGCAAAAAAAAGCCUAGCAGGGGAUAGAAGAACUGGAAGGGCUCCUUCAGGUCUGGCCUCCCCUAGAAAUCUCCUAAAGGCAGAAUGGAGAACUUCCAGACAGUCUGGUGCCUUUGUGUCUGUGCAGUUCAGAGCAGAGUGAGUCACGGCUGGGCACUUAGAGUUGUAUGGUGCUUGCACCUUCUGUGGGCAGUGUGGCUUGGGGGUCCUGUCCCCCAAACUCAUUCGCCACGGGCUUGUCCUGCACCGCUUCAGUCUGAACAGGAGCAGAAACCUAUGGUUUGUCCCUUGGUAUUCCUUUAAGUUGGAAUGGGAUUGCAGCAGCCAGGGACAUGUCUUGAUAUGGGAAGUGUGUGUUGAAGAGGCCUGUCUUUAAUGGAGAGCAGCAGGAGAGGGGAGAGGACCAGCAGGGCAGCUUCAGCCCUUGAUGUGAGACAGAUUCUGAGCAGCUGUGCAGUACCAAGUGUUUGAGGCUCUGUUCAGUGCUCAAAUGUGGAAGAGCCAUCUGCUUCUUGCAUUUAUGUGGUGGGGAGGGAAAUAUCCUUGCUGAGAUUCCAAACAAAACGGGAGUUGGGCCAGUACUGAGCUCAUUUACCUACUGGCACUUCUGCAUCUCCACAACAAAUGCCAAAGUCUAAUACAAUUCAAAGAUGCUUUUUUAAACGUCAGUCUGGUUCCACCAGUCUGUCCUCACUGGCUAGUCUCAAAUAGGCUCCGACAAGUAUUCUCAAUGGCACAAAACACAACACCAGGCUGGAGCUGUGGAGGCUUAGAAAUAUGAUUACAUGAACAGGCGUCCUGUGCUGCAACCUUGCGUCGCCCGCUGCCCAGCAGGUUUGAAGCACGUGCAUUUCAUCUUGGAUCCAAAUGGAUUUGUCCCAGGAGUAUAGUAGCAACUGCAUUGAAAUGCUGCUGAGCUGGACAGGAGACAUGAAAGCAGGUCCAUGUCUUCCGGGACUCUGGCUUGCUCAGAGUUUAUUGCUGUAUAUUAAAUACUAUUUUUGGAGAUUGAGGGGAAGAUGGGGGAGGGGGAGGGAUGUGAUGGCACUGUCCCCAGGCUGAUCAAUGGGACACUACUGCAGAUUAUUGAUAGGUUUUGAUUAUUUUUUUCCCCAAAAAGUACUUUAUUAGAAAAAAAAAAAAAGUAAUCAACAAUACAGAAGUGCUUUCUUCCCUCCUAGAAACAGUGCUGGCUGAUUAGAAAAUGUGAAUAAUCUUUUGCAAACAUCAAAGGUCUCUGCUAAAGAGUUUGUGUGAUGGAGAUUUUAAGGCAAGGGGCAAAGUACAGCUUAACCAGUUUAACUGGGGAGUGUGAAUCUGGGAAAUGCAGGAUCUCUGCUCUGGAGUCGUUCCCAGUCAGGCGUAGUGGGGAUGUGCUUGCCUGUGCUACCACGGCUGUUCUGUUACACUAACAGUUCCUGAGCUGGAGUGAAGGAGUGUCUGGAAACCUGUUGGCAAGUGGAGACUUGAAUUUUUCAUGGUUUCUACAGGAGCUUUGUGUGUUCAGUACUUCCCCACUCAAGAAACAGCCAGGCUGGUAAUGCAGCCCCCGAAAAUGGGAGAGAAGAGGCAGGAUUUGUGCUUUGUGCCCAGAGGCAGUAGCCAGGACUAUGAGAUGCUGGUCAAAUGACAGCGAUGCUUGGGUCCCAUCAGCAUGGCAGCUUUUGGCAUCAGCAGAUGGUUCCACUGCUUCGUAGCAUCUGGCUGCGUAGGCUCGGACGCAUGGAAGCAACCCAAGCUCUUGGCAUCAAGGACACAUCACAAACUACUUGAAGCUCCAGGUCUAAGUUGUCUGUAAAGGCUAAACAGUGUGGGGAGAGAUCUCCAUCUGUACUUGUCACCAGUACAAAGGGUUUUUAAGGAGGGGUUUUUUUAUUUUAUGGUCCAUUGCUUUGUGUUAUAACAACUUGCAGUGACACUUUUUUAGUUUGUUUUGCAGCAAGCUUGCGCCCUGGGUGAAAAGCACAGACAUCUAUUUCUGAUUGCAUUGGCUUUGCAGAGACUAGUUUUGGGGAAAAGAUGGGUGUUGGGGUGGGUUAUGUUAUUUUUGGUACAUGGUAGCGGUUUUAUUUUUUUAAUUUCCCCAGGAUGUUUGGUUGAGGGAAUGUUCUGAAAUCUACUGUCUGGCAGUUUUUACCAGCAGUGUGUUAAAGCAAAAUAAACAAAAUUAUAUUGUCACUCAGAUGAGGUGGUCCCUCUUUUCUGGUGGUGGG